AGACAGACCCGCCAUGUGAGUGAGAGUGAGAGCGAGAGCCGGAGAAGCGAGACCACUCCUCUCCUCCGCCCCCGUCCCCCUCCACCAUCCGCGGCUCCACACCAUGGCCUCCUCCCUCUACUCCGGAUGUAUUGCUGAUCCAGAUAGAUGCCGUUUGCUGAGUGUCGAUGCAAAGAGAGAACUUGUCCUUCAAUUAUCGAAGUGUCCGCAUAUUGCACUUGGAUUGCUACAUGAAUGGACAAGCCAUGAUAUCAAGCAGAUUCUCUUCUCUGUGUUAUGUAGAGAGAAUAAAUAUGAAGGGGUAUCAAAGAAAAUAAUGCUAAAGUAUCUCUUCCAAGCUGUGAACGGGGAGCCUUCUGGCCGUGGUAAACGUGUAUCCAAGUCAGACCCUGAGCAAAACUCAAGCACUCUCCAGUUCUCUCACAAAAAACUGAGAAAGAAUGAUGCUACACUGCUUCCAGUUAUUGUCAGCACUCCAGUAACAGCUGGUGUAAGUGCACCAACAAACAGUGCAUGCCAAAAUUCAGCUUGCAGGGCUAGUCUUAAUCCAGCAGAUAAAUUUUGCAGACGUUGCUCAUGCUGUAUCUGUUUUAAGUAUGAUGACAAUAAGGAUCCUAGCCUCUGGCUGUCCUGCAAUUCAGACCAACCCUUGCAGGGAGAGUCAUGUGGUUUGUCAUGCCACUUGGAAUGUGCACUCGGGGAUGAAAGAUCCGGAAUUCUGCAGAGUGGACAGUCAAAGAAACUUGAUGGUUCUUAUUACUGCAUCCACUGCGGGAAACAAAAUGAUUUACUUGGGUGCUGGAAGAAACAACUAUUGAUAGCAAAAGAUGCUCGGAGGUCUGAUGUAUUGUGCCAUCGGAUAUCUCUUAGUCAUAAGCUCCUCGUAUCCACUAAGAAGUACUUGGUCCUCCAUGAGUUUGUGGAUACAGCAUUGAAGAAGCUGGAGGGUGAGCUUGGUCCGAUUACUGGCCUUGAAGAUAAGGGUCGGGGAAUUGUUGGUCGUCUUGUUGUAGGUGCUGAAGUUCAGAAGCUUUGCAGCUGCGCCAUAGAGACUCUGGAAUCUAUGUUAUCUGGUGCAUUAACAGCUGAGUCGCAAACCCAGAGUUCUUGUGUGGUACCAUCAAAUUUCAUAAGGCUUGAGGAUAUAUCCCAUGAAUCUGUCACUGUAGUUUUUGACCUGCAUGUAUGCCCCAUGCUCUCUCAAGGUUUAACUGGCUUUAACCUGUGGCACCGGAAGGCCAGCGAAGAACAUUAUCCCUCAAACCCAACAGGCAUAGUACCGACGCCAUCGACAAUGCUAGUGGUCAGAGGACUUGCUCCAUGUACAUCCUAUGUCAUCAAGGUUGUUGCAUUCACCAACUCAAAGGAGAUUGGGUCGUGGGAAGUCAGGACAAAUACCACUAACUGCCCCAAGGAACCAGAUGCAAAAGAUUCGAUGCCCGUGGAUGCUGGAAAAGAUCUGAAUAACACAAGCGCGAAGACAAAUAGCAGUGGUCUGUCGAAUCCUUCUUCUCAAGACGUGGAAUCGUACAAUGACAGUAGCACUUCUGCCGAUCUCAGCAGGUCGCCGGAAAGCGACGUUGAAUACUGGACAAGUCUUGGAAAGGCACCUCAUCGCCGCAAUGAAACCGACAGUGACUCACGAGAUCUUAAAACAGGUGUUGCUGGGGUAACUAAAGCUGACGAGCUGGAGGAAGCUCCUAGGGGAUCGCCAUCAGCUCUAGAUGACGACGACGACGACGAAGAGGAACCUGGUUCAGCUGCUGAAGCAGCUCUGCCAAAGAGGCCGUCAGAGUUGAUGGUGUGUAGCCGGGAAGCUCUGAAGCAAAACCUGGCGACCAUCUGCUCAGAGAUUGCAUCACAGGAGCACACUGGAAGCGAGUCGGUUGCUCCACCCGAACACCGCGGCUCACCGCCACGCGUGACACAGGAAGGGACUGAGAACCGCAAGGGGGUUUCUGCAAGGUGUGUUCAAGCAAAGUCCGAUGACCAUAUUCCUCAAGAUGACAGUUCGAAGGCUGAAAUGGAGGACCCCGGGAGUCUGUCAUGCAAAGGAACCCCUGGGAAACCUGAGAACAGUGGACACAAUGAUGGUGGACCUUCAGCGCCCCACACGUCUGCUCAAGCGCCUCCUCUUCGGAAGCCCUCGAACUUGCCGCAGCGCCACAAGCAGGGGAUCGACAUUGUACCGGAGAACGCGCCGGGCUCGCCGGUUCCCAUGACAGGGAAUGGGAGCAAGCCAAAGAACCAUGGCCGUGUUCCUCAGCCUUGCCCUCUGAAACCUGGGCCAGAGCCAGGAAAACCCGAGGACGCCGCGCGCACGGACGCGGACGCCUAUGUGUACUGUGUCAAGGUGAUCAGGUGGCUGGAAUGCGAGGGCUACGUCGAGGCCAGCUUCAGGGUGAAGUUCCUGACGUGGCUGAGCCUGCGGGCGACCCGGCACGAGAAGAGGGUGGUCAGCGUGUUUGUGGACGCCUUCAUCGACGAUCCUGCGAGCCUCGCCGGCCAGCUAAGGGACACCUUCUCCGAGGCGAUCUACAGCAAGAGGCCGCCUAUGGCGCCGUAGACGUAGAGUCUCUGCGUGGAACUUCAGCGCUGGGAACGGCGGGAGGUCUUCUUUUUUUGUGAAUGGAAUGAUAAGGGGGGUUGCCAUCAUCUACUGUUAGAUGUAUCCCUAGCUCCAUACUUCAGUACCAAGUAGCUUAUACUGUUAACUAAGGUAACUAACCCUUGCACGUUAUGUUU